AAUAAACUGAAAUAUGACAAAGUAUUUUCUAACCAUUGCAGAUAUCAAAGCACAGCUCUCCACUGCCGAACUGAAGAACAAGCGUUUAAUGGAGGCGUUUAAGAAAACCAGUCAGGAGUUCCGGGAGGUGUGCUACCAGCUGACAGGCUACAAGAUAGACAUUCCCUGUACCAACCAGUACAGGCUGAUGAGCAUGUAUGCAGAGUCUCCUGAUGACUUCAUCGUGUUUCAGCAAACUUCUACAGGAGAAAUGCAGCUUUUGGCCACAGACUUCUCUGCCACCAUGUCACACUUCAUAGAGACUUAUCUCCAGAAAAAUGACAGUAUUCCAGCUUUCUUGAGUAGCGUGACACUAGAUUUAUUCAGCCGCCAGACUCUCAUGCUAUGAUAUCACACUAUUUAGAGACUCGUCUGUAGAUAAAUGAGAGUAUUCCAGAUUUCUGGAGUGUUACUGGACUUGUUCAGACCAUCUUGAAAUGUCAGUGCCAUCUGCUGGGAGGCAGAGCUCUGAUUAAUAAUGCAUUAAAAUCUGCUGGUCGGUCACAUUAACAUUACUAUAGCAUUAGAUAGCUUGAUUUCAAGAGUUGAAUUCAAAGAUGUUUUUGACAGUCUUUCAUUUGUCAGUAACUUCAAUGAUUUAAGUAUUUCAAAGUGAGAAUGUAUCAAAGUAAUGACUUUUGUACAUACUUCAUAAUUCUCUGAAACUGUAUUUUGGUUUCAAUUUGGUAAGAAACUUAGUUAAAAUGUCAUAAAAUCUAUCCCAUAUUGAUGAAGAGCUAAUUUUUUUGGAUAUUAAAGCAUAUCUUUGCAUGUGGAUGCCAUUAA